CCCCAAAAAAUUGAAAAUGGAAACAUGGAAAUAGAAAUUUCUCUCAUUCAGCAGUCGGUUUCUCGAUGGGCAACAACGCCUCUCUUCCCUGAACCGCAUCCCGCCACCGCCCUCAAAACCUUCCCCUAAAACCCUAACACACCUCACCCGAAAUGGCCUCGCUCCUCCACACAUCGCCUCUCUCUUCUCGCACUCUCCUCCCUACUAACCCCUCUCCCUCUUCCUCCUCCCCAAUCCCAUGCCCCAAACGCUUCCGGUGUAGUGUGGGGGAGCCUCUGAGGUACGCGAACGGGAGGCCGAGCGUUCCGAUUCUCCGGAGCGACGAGGUGCUGCCGAACUUCCUGACGAGGACGAGUCCGGUGGUGAAUGCAGCCGGCAAGGAUGACACCAGGCUCAGGAUAUUCUCUGGGACUGCGAACCCGGCGCUCUCUCAGGAAAUUGCAUGCUACAUGGGUCUUGAACUUGGAAAGAUUAAGAUAAAGCGCUUCGCUGACGGAGAGAUAUAUGUUCAGUUGCAAGAAAGUGUCAGAGGGUGUGACGUAUAUCUUGUUCAACCGACAUGUCCUCCUGCAAAUGAGAACCUCAUGGAGCUUUUGAUAAUGAUUGAUGCAUGUCGGAGGGCGUCAGCCAAGAACAUUACUGCUGUGAUUCCAUAUUUUGGAUAUGCCAGGGCUGAUAGAAAGACUCAAGGGCGUGAAUCUAUUGCUGCCAAACUCGUUGCAAAUUUGAUCACUGAAGCUGGUGCAAAUCGUGUUCUUGCAUGUGAUCUUCAUUCUGGUCAAUCGAUGGGAUACUUUGAUAUUCCCGUCGAUCAUGUAUAUGGUCAGCCUGUUAUACUUGAUUACCUCGCCAGCAAGACUAUCUGUUCCGAUGAUUUGGUAGUGGUCUCACCCGAUGUUGGGGGCGUUGCUAGAGCCCGUGCUUUUGCAAAGAAAUUAUCUGAUGCUCCUCUGGCAAUUGUUGAUAAAAGGCGGCAUGGGCACAAUGUGGCAGAGGUGAUGAACUUGAUAGGUGAUGUGAAGGGAAAAGUAGCUGUCAUGGUUGAUGACAUGAUUGAUACAGCUGGAACUAUCUCGAAAGGUGCAGAAUUACUACAUCAAGAGGGUGCCAGGGAAGUCUAUGCAUGCAGUACACAUGCUGUUUUUAGUCCUCCUGCUAUAGAGAGGUUGUCAAGUGGUUUGUUCCAAGAGGUGAUCAUAACAAAUUCUAUUCCAGUGUCUGAGCAGAACUACUUUCCCCAGCUAACUGUCCUGUCAGUAGCAAAUCUUCUCGGAGAGACCAUAUGGCGUGUGCAUGAUGACUGUUCUGGUGGCUAUGAACCCUAUUCCACCUUGGGCAUUGAUUGAUCAAUUCCUGUUUGCGGUCUCCCCUCCAGGUUCCUUUACUGUUGUAUUUGUUACCUUGUUGGCGCAUGUUUGUUAAUAGCAAAACAAAUUUUUUAACAGCUUCGUUUUUUCCUUUCUUUUUCACAACUUUGCUCGAUUUGAGGUUGAUGUGCUUGAAUUUGAAUUACACAGGACUAAUCAUAUCUUAUUUUCCUUA